AUGGUUGAGAUGUGGAAAAUGUACCCCGAUGCAGGGUGGUUGUGUUUCGGCCUCACACUACACACUGGCAUCAAACCCUUUUCAGGCCAUAUCCUCUGGACCAGGGUUUGGCACUCCAAUUGCAACCCACAGCUCAUCCUCUCUUAUUACCUCGAUACUGUCAAAGAAUUUGGCUGUACCAAAAACUUUGGAAUUGCGAAUGCACAAACUCUACUGUGGCAGAUGCAUGAUCUGGCUCUUGAGGGCUAUGUUCAGCACCGGUGGAUGCAUAUAAAGAAGAAUAUCAAGCCAGAGAUAACCUGGUCCCAGCUCCACUGCCAUUUCUCCCCAUGUUUUGAAUCUCUACUUGAUAUGGGUGUAGAUUCUGGCUGGUAUGACCCCAACAACAUGCUACAGCUUGACCCCAUCCACAGCAUGGUUUUUCAAUGGGUAUUCAUCCCUUGGCUCCAAGUUGAGCUAAACAACUAUCAAGACCACAUCAACAACCAAAAGCAUCAUGACAAAAGAAAGGUUUUGCCUCAUGGAAUCCUGGAACUCAUCUAUACAUGCCCAGAGGACUAUGGGGUGUUGAAUUUCAAGGCAUUGCAACAAUUGUACAUCAAUCCCAACCACAUCAUGUGUGACCUCAUGCCCCCUUCUCUCAAAGCAUUCAUUGAAGCAUGUUACUUUCAAUUGGGCAGCCCUUCUGUUGGACGCACCUCCACAUGGACUGUCUACUGCAAUGGCCUAAUGCAGCACUUGGCUCAGUUUUCUUCAGAGGAGGAUGAUGAGGCAGAUGAGGAGGACAUCGAUGCCAGUCUGUGA